GAGAGAGAGAGAGAGAGAGAGAGAGCCCUUCACGAGAUCCCCACCUCCCUGCUAACAACAUACAUUCACCCACUGCUGUUUUUGUUUCCCCGGUCAGACCGAGCGAGGUCCCCUCUAAAACCACAACCCCGACCGUCGUCCACAUCACAGGCGGGGUGUUGUGUGAUGAGGUCGCCCUGCAGCGGCUGCAGCGGAUAGGUCAACUUACAUUAAGACAAAGGCGAUUUUUGUUCCCAGGACAGUCUUUGCUGCUUGUUCGGGUCUAUUUUUCGCCCUUUAAAGCCCUUCAGCAUCUCGAGUUUGUGAGGAAGAACACAGCAGAGGAACAUACUACAGGGGGAAUCACGACUAUCCAUGAGCUCCGAUUUCCCACACUACAGUUUCAGGAUGCCAAAUAUAGGGUUCCAGAACCUUCCCCUUAAUAUCUACAUUGUGGUGUUUGGGACAGCCAUCUUUGUUUUCAUCCUCAGCCUCCUCUUUUGCUGCUACUUAAUAAGGUUACGGCACCAGGCGCACAAAGAAUUAUAUGCAUACAAACAAGUCAUUCAGAAGGAAAAGGUGAAAGAGCUAAAUUUGCAUGAGAUAUGUGCAGUUUGCUUGGAGGAGUUCAAACAGAAAGACGAGCUGGGGAUUUGUCCGUGCAAACAUGCCUUUCAUAGAAAGUGCCUCAUUAAGUGGCUGGAGGUAAGGAAAGUGUGCCCGCUCUGCAACAUGCCCGUCCUGCAGCUCGCCCAGCAGGCCAGCAGCCCAGAGCCCCCGGUGCCAAUACAACAGCCCCUGCCCGGGAUCGAACACCUGGUGUAGCGGACUAUCAGACAGUACACCACAGAAACACGUAGUCACACACCCCAUGGCUCAUACUCUCACCUGUACAGGUAUACUUCGGUAUGAGUCUGUGGACAGAGUGGAAAAAACUGGAGUCACUGCACAGUUACUCACAAAAAAAAACGGUGAAUCUGCAGCAAUCAUCACCUCUGUUAUCCUGGCAUCAGUUCACUGAAGGACUUCCUUACAUCAGUUCUGACUGAUAAUGAUUUACUUUUCAUCUUCCUUUUUCUCGGACAAUGAAGAAGAGUUGACGUAGAAGAAGUUUCCUUCAAAAACUUUUUCACAACCAAAGCACUUUCUGGGGACACCAGUGAAAGACCAGGAAAAAAAAACAACAACACAAAAGCCAAGAACUACAAUACACUAAAAUACAAAUUGUUCUUUUAACAAGCACUUUACGAGAAGUCAAACCUUAAUUGCUUGUGAUUAUAGUAGCAAGGUCAUGUUUUCUAUUUUAUCAUUUAUUUUUAUUUCUAUGUACAGUACAAAGCCACACAAUGUUUAAAACACUGACUUUUAAACAAAAAAAAUAAUAUCUCAAAGGGACAUCAUGUCGGUGGAUAUCAGGACAUAUGGACAAUGCUCGGUGUUGUAAUUGCACAAAAACAAAAUGAAGCUCAAAGCAACCUCGAGACGUAAUGUCUGACUAAAUGUGAAAGGUUUGAAUGUGUAAAAACCCAAAAUAUUCACACCACGUUCAGAGAAAAGUUCCCUUCUCACGUGUUUAUUGUUCAUCACAAUGUGACUGUUUUUGUUUUGUUGAUACAGUGAACACAACAUAUAUCUUCCUCAAAAGGAAUUGACCUGAUAUUUAUACACCUGGUUACCCCCAGACGUUACUCAUGAUCUUCCUUUAUCAGUAAAAACAAUACAGAACUUUCCCAGUAGUGAAAUCUGAGUUUCAUAGUAACUACUGUGAUUAUAUAAAGCAGUAUUAGUGUGGAUGACCUGGUGCUUUAUCUUUAGAGUUGUUUUACAGAACAAACAAAAGGAAGGAGGCAAUAUUAAACAAAGAAAUGUAUCACAAAUGUUCCAGUUUUAUUUUUACUCUGCUGCUGCAUCGUUCCAGUUUAUUGAAGCUGAGCUGUGUGAAUGUUAGUUUGGCUUCCUCCAAACAGAAAAAUGUCACAAUAUGUUACCUUGAAUUUGCCCCACACAUCCUGUUAGAAAAUGACUGACAUUCAAUGUGGGCAGAAACCAGGAAGAAGCAGGCUCUUGCCUUCCAUGCUGUUUAGCUUCCUACCUAAACUUUGCUGCACACACAGUGGCAGUUCAUUUUGCUUCCACCCUAAUGCCCUACUUGUAUUUAAUUUUUAAUUUAUUACCAGUUCUUGGUACAGCCAGAAAGUGAACGCCAACUGCCAGCUCCUAUCUGAUUUACUGCCUUUAACAUGUCAUCAGCAUAUCUUUUGGUCAUGUUACACACUACUCUGUAAAACACACCCACAGAUGCACCACACAGAGAGGAGGCCCCCCAAACCCUAAGCCCUGCCAUAGAGUCAGUGGUCAGUGGGUUGUAAUGAAACAGCAUUUUCAUUCAUGCACACACACACACGCUCACACACAGAUACAAACAGGGUAGUUGUGCUUUUUGGCCACAGGAUUCUGGUGCUUUCUCCUCUCUCUCUCUAUCUCUGUCUCUCUGCACAGUUCAGGGUGCUUUUUGUUUUGUGCCAUACAUACAGUAACUCUGAUCCCUGUCGCUUUUUUUGUCCUCAUCCCUGCUAGCAGCACUCAGCGCACAUGCCGUGGGUUAAAUGUGCUGAUCAAAGAUCUAAAAGGUUGCCUUUAAAGGAAACAAAAAGCCGUGCCUCAGAGUGAUGAGCCUGAGAUAUGUCAGAGAUGGUCUUUCACCUGUGAUAGGUGUCGCCAAGUGACAAUCGCACAUUAUUAUUACAUGCACUAACCAAAUGUGCAAACACAGUAGACCCACCCCCUUAAAAACUAAUGUGAGGAGUUUUUAGCUGUUAUGAAACUAAUACUGGACCUACAAAAGCAACUACUUUCACAUGUACAGUUUAAAAUCAGUGAAGAGAUAAGAGGAAUCACUUUGUCCUCAGGGGGUGCCAAAAUCAACGUACUCUAAAAGUUCCUCACUGGAGCUUUAACAGAAUUGAAAAUUAAACAUAGAAACAAGUAAAUAUUUAACACCCAGGUGGAAUCUGGCUUCAUAGUGCGUAAAGACUCAUGUUGUUGCAAGAAGAUGAACAAGACUCAUGGAAAACAACAUAACAGAGUUAUUUUUAGUUCUGAUUGUUAAGGGGGAAAAGAUGCAGUUUCAAGCUAACAAGAAAAACUAAAAUAAAUGUAUAAAUAAGCUCAAGUGUAAAAAAAAAAAGAAAAAAAAAAGAGAGAUACAUUGAUUGUACCUUUCACAAUCUCAAUCCUCAACUAGACUGGGUUUUAGGUGGGUCUAAAAGUGACAGUGCAUUCAAACUUCUAUGUCAGGAGAUCAUCAAUACUGUGGCCACUGUGGUGGUUUGAUGUGUCAUCUUUGUUGAAUGCCUGCCUGCAAACCCUGCAGGAAGCCUUUCAGCUCUGUUGGAAAAACUAUCCACAUUUCUAGAAACAUAUUGUCCUCAUUAGCCUCAUUUGAACAAAAACUGACCCAACAUUUAAUCACAGCUUUUAUAUUCUGCUCUGUUUGUGAAGUUGUGGCUUUAUGUUAAAGGAAAUUAAGCAACAUAAGGUUCCUCCUUAGUAUGAUGUAUGAAGUACAGUAUUUGGUAUCUUUUUGGCUUCUUAAUCUUUGGUUAUGAAGAGGCUUUGACUAUUUGGUUUGACUUGUCUCUCACUCUAAAUGUUCCAGAUUUUUAAACAUAUUCAUCUACAUAAAAAUAUCCCCAAAACCUCACUA